AUGACGAUAUCAUCAAAGAUUCUAAUAUUGAGGACAGUUAGUCAGGUUCGACAAUGGAGAGCAAAGCUCUUUUCAGAUAACCAGUCUGUAGGGUUUGUGCCCACCAUGGGAGCUUUACACGCAGGACACUGUUCCUUAGUGCGAAAGUCCUUGGAAGAAAACGAUAAAACUAUAGUUUCAAUUUUUGUUAAUCCAUCCCAGUUUGCACCACAUGAGGAUUUAGAUAAUUACCCAAGGACGCUUGACCGAGAUUUAGAGAUAUUGGAAUCUGAAUUUUCCGAUAAACAAGUGGAUGCGGUGUUUGUACCCAAAGUCUCGGAGAUGUAUCCAAAUGGAAUCUCGUUGGAUAUCGAUAAACAAAAAGGUGCAUUUGUCAAUGUCCAUGGAUUAAGUGAGCAACUAGAAGGUAUUACGAGACCGCAAUUUUUUAGAGGAGUUUCGACGGUGGUGACUAAGCUAUUAAACAUUGUACAACCAACAAGGGUCUAUUUUGGCCAAAAGGAUGCCCAGCAGUGUGUAGUGAUUAACAAUCUUGUACGCGAUUUGAUGAUACCCACAAAAGUAAGAGUUGUGCAGACAGUGAGGGAAUCCAACGGUUUGGCGAUGUCCUCAAGAAAUGAAUAUUUAUCAAAGGAGAUGAAGGAUAGGUGUUCGAUAAUUUAUAAAGCGUUGAAGGAAGGUGCUUCUCUUUAUAAUGAAAAUCGCGAAAAAGGGGGCAAGGUCAAUUCGUCUAUAAUCAUUGAUAGAAUAAAGGACAUUGUUAGCCAGAAUGAUGAGUUUGAAAUUGAAUACGUUGCUGCUAGCCAUCCUGAAUCAUUAGAAGAUGUCGAGUUGAUAGAGCCCGGGGUUGGCGCAAUAGUUUCCUGUGCAAUCAAAGUUCCAAAAGAAAGUAGCACAGAGAAAGCCAGAUUGAUUGACAAUAUAAUUUUGCAAUGA